AUGGGCGCGUGGCGUGCAGGGCUGGCGUACUGCCGCCACCUGUCCACGGGACCGCACCGUGAGUCUUGCACCGCCCCCAGCGACCGCUCCACCUCUGAGCCUCCAGCCUAUGAGGAGAAGGAGCUGCUCCGAUUGGUCUACUUUGGGGGUGUGGAGCCGUCGCUGAGGAAGGAAGUGUGGCCUUUCCUCCUGGGUCACUACCAGUUUUCAAUGUCCGAAACCGAAAGGAAGGAGGUGGACGAGCAGGUGAAGGCGGGCUACCAGCGGACCAUGGGCGAGUGGCUGGGCUGCGAGGCCAUCGUGCGCGAGCGGGAGAAGGAGCAGCACGCGGCCGCCAUCGCCAAGUGCUCCGGGGCCAGCGUGGACGGCUCCAGCCAGCCGCUUGUGCACCGCGACUCCACCCUCAGCAACGAGUCUUCCCAGAGCUGCAGCUCUGACCAGCAGAGUCUGGCCCGUCUGCAGAGUGACUCCAGCAGCAGCACCCAGGUCUUUGAGUCGGUGGAAGAGGUGGACCAGAUCGAGGCCGAGGCGGAGACCAAGGGCCCCGGGGCCAAGCAGGCCCCCCGGGUCCCCAACGGGGUGCUCCAGAACGGGGUCAGCUCCCCCGACUCCGGGCACCCGUCCUCCCGCAACUUCUCCGUCACCUCGGGCCUGUCGGACGUCUCCUUCAGCACCGAGGACAGCGCCUGCGUGCCCGACCAGGGGCCCCGGGCCGCCGCCGCCCCCCCUCCGGAGCGGGGGACCCCUGGGGACCCCCAGGCGGUUCACCCACCCAUCACGUCGGGAGACCUCAGAGAUGAGGAGAAGCCCUCUGAGCGGAGGAAGAGCCGUGGAGCGCCGGGGGUUGUGGAGGCCCGGGCGGAAGGGGAAGGGGAGCAGCCGGGGGCGGCCGGGGCAGAGCAGGCUCCAGACGGACACACGGACACAGUGGAGGGGGAGGGCCAAGAGCCCACGCCACCAAAGGACGCCUCCCAGUCCGAGGCCGCGGCCAGCCAAGUGCCUCAGGGGGACACCGACAGGAACGCAGAAGGAGAAGAAGGCGCUGGGCCAGAACAGACGAGGGAGUUCAAAUCCAAAGAGGCAAAGGCCAGCUGGGCACCGCGAGAGCUGGUGUCCGACGAGGGAGACGAGGUCGUCGCAGGAGGCGAGACGGAGGAGGCGGAGAUCCCUGCUGCACUCAAGAGCCUCCUCCUGACCGGGCCGUGCCCAGCGGAGGCCUACCGCCCCGCCCCGGGGCCCCGGGCUCCCAGCGACUCGGAGUCCGAGUCCCCGUCGGCCAUAGAGAUGGAGGACAUCCCCAAAGGCAGCGUGUCCACGGGGCCGUGGGACGGGAAGGGCCGGUGUGAGGGCUGGUCCUCCUCAGGGGAGCUGCGGGGGGAGGCCGGGCCAGAGGGAGCCCGGUCCACCCUGUCUGAAGAACCCCCCGGCCGAGACCCAGGGGCCGAGGAUGAAGUGUCCUCCCCGGUCGAAUCCAAGCCCGCCUACUCCCAGGAGCUCCUGGACCUGUACACACUGAACCUGCACCGCAUUGACAAGGACGUGCAGCGCUGCGACCGCAACUACAUUUACUUCAGCCCCGCCAACCUGGACAAGCUGCGCAACAUCAUGUGCAGUUAUAUCUGGCGCCACCUGGAGGUGGGCUACGUGCAGGGCAUGUGUGACCUGCUGGCUCCUCUCCUGGUCAUCCUGGACGACGAGGCCAUGGCCUUCAGCUGCUUCACCCAGCUCAUGAAGAGGAUGAAUCACAACUUCCCACACGGAGGCGCGAUGGACACACAUUUCGCCAACAUGCGCUCCCUCAUCCAGAUCCUGGACUCUGAGCUCUUUGAGCUGAUGCACCAGAACGGGGACUACACCCACUUCUACUUCUGCUACCGCUGGUUCCUGCUGGACUUCAAGAGAGAGCUGGUGUACGACGAUGUGUUUUCCGUGUGGGAGACCAUCUGGGUGGCCAAGUACGCGUCCUCGGGUCACUUCGUCCUGUUCAUCGCCCUGGCGCUUGUGGAGAUCUACCGGGACAUCAUCCUGGAGAACAACAUGGACUUCACCGACAUCAUCAAGUUCUUCAACGAAAUGGCCGAGCACCACAACAUCAAGCAGGUCCUGCCUCUGGCCCGAGAGCUAGUGUGUAAGGUUCAGAUGCUCAUUGAAAACAAGUGAAACUCCUUUCCUCCUUGAUGUUACGUAUUAGCUUUUGCAGCAACAGAGCACAGCAAUUUAAAGUCGCAAUGUGUAAGAUUGAGCUCUUCCCAGUAAGUAGGCAGGAGUCUUUCAGAAUAAAAACAAACUCCAUAACAGUUUUCGGUUCACGCUUUCGUUAACUGGCUCUGCAACUGUCUGAUGCGCCCCAGCGUUGCUCGGCUGGCCGGGGGUGGGGGGGCUUUGGGAGAUUCGAUAAUCAGAUUAGACACGCCCCGUUGUUUACAAGAAAACAUGUUAUAGUAAACAAAGACAGAGGUACGGGUUUGGCCAGCUAUUUUUACUUGUAGACUAUAUCAGAUAAAGGAUGUGAUUUUAUUGAUAACAUUAUCGAAAUCACUAUUGAUCAGCAUUGACAAGGUAAUUUGAAAUUUGAAGCUAGUUUAAAUGUUACUUAUUGCAACUUUAAUGAGAUGCCACACAAGCAUACACAUGCAAGAACGCACACACACCCACUAACACACACACACAGACCCAACCACCCACACACACACACACACACACACACACACACGCACACGCACACGCACACACACACAUACAUACACACACAUAAACACACAUAUACACAUACAGAAACACACACAGUAUACAGUCAGGUUGCUCCUGUAUGUGAUGUCAGCUGGUGUAUAAAUGUGUAAUUCUUCUGUCGCUAAUUCUAGAUCCAAAUAUCUUUUGUCUGAAAAAUGUUGUCUGUUGAGUGUCGAUGUUUACCUUAGUAAAUUAUAUUUUUUCUUUUAAAUAAUUAGAGUUUUGGUUGCACAUUUUUUAACCAAAUGGAUACUUGUCAACUAAUGUCUUUAUUAAUGAAGAAAACGGUACAUGAUUCAAAUAUGUAUUUAGAACUAUUUUAAUAUAAGGUACUGAAGAAGAAGUUUUACUAAAUCACCAGAUUAUCCUAAUUAUACGUGAGACCUGCAGACACUGUUUCAAUGACCACAUAAUUUCUAUAUUUCAGAACCCAUUUCAUCUUAAAUACAGACAUAGUUUAAAAUAACCCAAUUCCUGUGGUUAUGAUCCAGUGCAGAGAGAUCCUGUGCGUCCUAUUUAAAGCUGCAGUUUGUACCUUUUCCACUGCAGUCGUGACUUCUGGUUAUAAUGCUAGCAAUGUUGAAAGAGUGACAUGGUAAGGUUGUAUUAACAUACAGUAACUACUGAUACUCUGUGUUCUCAUUGUGCCCCACCCUUGCCUAUCGCCAAUAGUAUGUCUGUGUAUGUUGUGUGUGAAUUGGAUUGUAACCCCUCCCCCCCCCACCCAAAAAAAAGAAUAGAAAAUGAGGUUAUGAAGAUGACAGGAACUAAAGUUAUGACCCAUAGAUAACUACAUUGAUAUCAAAGUGAAUUAGUCAUCUCUGUACAGAGCUAUUAGGAGGACAUUUUGACAGCUCUAUUAUUUUGUCAUUUUUAUUCAACAUCAGGGCAAUCAUUUUAUGACGUUUCUAUUGUAGUGCUGCUGGCAUUCUUUGUGACUUUAAUUCAGUGUUUCCCUACAUGCAUCCAGCAGUGGCCCAGCACAGCGGAUGGACUACAGUCAACCCUGCAUUUGUUUUUAUUAGAAAUUAUGUUGGGCGCCCCAAAUGCAAUUUGCUUUAUUUAAUAUCAUGGGUGCCCCCAACUGCACCCUGCUCAAUCGUUACAUCCUCAUUAUGGCAUUGGUGGAAAAUACUGAUGGCAAAAUAGUAUUCUAGGAGCUAGAAGAAGAAAAAAAAUGCAUGAUGACACUAAUGGUCGAAUUAUGGUAGGAAUGGACAUAGACUAAAAGUAGGUUUUAAUAAUAAGUAGCCUCCAUAUAAGAUUGUAUAAAACAGAAGCAACAGUAUUAUGAAACCCAGAAGGAGGGAUGGCUACGAGUUGCUAACUUAUAACUGCAUUUGAUUAUAUAAUGCCAAAAGAAUGUGGUUGUGCGCAUAGUGCACUUGCAUGCUUUCCUAGUAGGUUACAUUUUGAGCAAAACACAUGAGAUGGUGGCUGUUGGAAUGCAGCCCAGCAUUACUGGCUCCAUCGGGGAUCCAUCUAAAACACAUGAGAUGGUGGCUGUUGGAAUGCAGCCCAGCACUAAUGGCUCCAUCGGAGAUCCAUCUAAAGCUCUGUGGGCCCGACCACACGACAUAGUGCAACUACAGAAACCAGAGCACUGCUGCUGGAAACAUCGUAAAGGAAACACUGCAUUUCAUUCAUUUAUAUAGUUAUUAUUAUUAUUAUAUGAUAUUAUUAUAAUUGUGUGAUUAUUAUUAUUGUUAUCGGCAUACACAGUAAAUGUGGGAACUAGAUGAGAAGGAAUGAAAUCAUGUUGUCUCAGAUAACUUAUGACACUAUUUUUCUUAUCACAGAUAUUACAAAAGAAACAUGUGAAAUAUCAGAGAACCAUGAAGAGAACUAUUUGCAAAAAUGUAAUGUGUACGCGACGUUGACCACGGUUGAUUGGCAGGUGGUUUCCUCUGCACAUUACACAUAGGCCAAACUUGUUUUUAAAGCUAAGAACAGAAACCUUAAACAAAAAGACAGAAGAUGGGAUGCUGCUAUGGUUUAGGGCGAGUGCCUUCCCACUGAAGUAGCUUUUUUAAAUGAAAUGUAGACGUGCUUUCCACUCUUUAACGGCUGAUGUAACGUUGAGGAAUAUUUAUAGUCUAGCCACAAGUCGUUUAUUGUGUCAAGUGUUGUUUUCAUGAAUGUGAUGAGAUUAAUUGCGUUUAAUAUCGGUGGUUCCUUCCAAAAAGGGCAUUUCUUUUGUAAAAUGAAAUGAUUUGCUAACAUCUAGGUGUUUAUUUAUUCAUUCAACUGCUGCUUUUGUUUGUAAAACUAUAACCUUGCUGGUGUUUAGUUCUGAAUGUUUGUGGUAAAACAAAUUAUCUUUAAAAUGGCAUAUUAAAUGGUAUAUGUUUUUAUAAAAUGA